GGAAGCCGCCUCCAUCCGUGUCGGGGAGGAAGAGGCGCAGAGAACCAUGAGAUGGUUGAACGACGUCACGCGAAAAACCUGAUUCAGACCUCGACAACUUCUCUCCAUCGACCAAUUCUCCCACCACGCUGCCCCCCUAAGCUGUUGCAUCGAAAGGGACGCUUCUUCGUCUCCAUCUUGCUUGUCUGUCAGCCUGCAUGUUCGGAGCGGGCGGGCGUGCACCUCACUGCGCGAAUGAUGCGCUUAAAGCCCGCGUCUUCCCUGCAGAAGACGUACGAUGAGUGCUACCUCAUCUGCUCCACUGCUGUAUACUUUGAGGGGCAGAACAAUGAAGCCGAAGCGUUGAGAUCUUGGCGUUCCGCGCUCGAGACGAUAUACUAUCACAACGCAUACCGCGUACCGUCAAAUUACACACCAAAGAACGAGACGGAAAAGGCUCUCCAGGACUCCAUCCGAGAUCUAGAACUCCAAUGUCGCGAACGUGUCGAUCUACUCAGCGCUCUUCGCGAAAGCAGGAAAGAAGUCCAAGACCAAGAGGGAGGCGACGGCAGCGGCAGCGGCAAGGAAGAAUCAUUGAAAGGGAAGAACGCCAUCAAAACCAACGCUCCAACCACACCGGGAUGGAUUGGAGACGGGACUAUCCCCCCGGUCGAUUAUACAGAUUUAUCCAAACCGGCGCCUUUGCAUGGGACGUUGUCCAGCAAUGGAUCGCAGUCGACGUUGAACGACGACGCCCGCUCUUCUUCAUCGACAGUGACCGGAUCGGGUUCCAGGACAAUCCGAGCCCACUCGAAUUCCUCUGGCAGGAAUAUGUCUCGUGGGCAGAGCCCUGAAAGACGAUUGCAAAUGCUAACGACUCUUCGCAAUAAUAAAAAUAAUAAAGAUCAGAAGAAAUAUUCACACAGCAGCGGCGAGUCCAGGAAAACAGAUAUACCCCCGAAACCAAUGGACCUACGUCCUGCCGCGUCGAAAGCUGCUGGCCUUGCUUGGGAUAGUCUCUACCGACAUCCGUCGUCGGAGAAGACAGCAAAUGACACCGUCAUCGCGUCUUCGCUGCAGCGGACCUCAAGCGAUUCGGGGCGUCGGAAAGAUAGCUUCGAUGAGCGAUCGAGGAAUUUUCGCUCUGAAGAUACGGGAGGCGCAGCUAAUCUUAGUGGAAAUCAGCGAGGACGGGAACCAGAACGAUCCGCAAAAGUAUAUAGACGCUCACCAGCCGCUACUACGCCCCUCAGGGAGUCGGAUCGUCGCGAGAGGUCAUCGUCUUCUCUACCACUAUCGGGCUCUAAAGAUCUCUCGCGAUCAGCCGAAUCGCCUGAACCCUCUACGAGGCCUAGACUCGAGGCGUCAAGGCCGUCAUAUUCAUAUGCUACGAGGCCGUCACUACAUAGUUCAGGUCGUGAGACUAACCUUCGACCUGAAACUCCAGAGACCAAUCGGAAGCCAAAACCGUCAGGAAAGACGAAAAAGGUUUCAAGAUCAAAUGCGGUUGCCUCUACUUCUUCCAGGGCCAUGCGGCAUCGUAGUCCGAACUCGACACUGCGGGUUGACGAUGAUCUAGACCGGACUGCACUGAAUAUGAUUAGUUCACGAGAAGCCAAAACGCACGACGUAAAUCGACGGAAAAAACUGCCAAAACACAAGGUAACACCUCCAUCAAGUGACCAGGAUUCUUCCGACCAUAGAAUGACGGAUGAGGAGAAAGAUGACGAUGACUCCGAAGAUGAUGCCGUUUUUGAUAUUCUGAAGAAGCUUCCCAAAGGGAUCGAUGUCACAGCGGCACGUCAGAUCCUCAAUGACAUUAUUGUGAGAGGGGAUGAAGUUCACUGGGACGAUAUUGCCGGUCUGGAAGCUUCAAAGAAGGCUCUUAAAGAAGCGGUAGUUUACCCUUUCCUCCGUCCGGACUUGUUCUCUGGACUCCGUGAACCAGCACGAGGUAUGCUCCUUUUUGGACCACCGGGUACGGGCAAGACUAUGCUCGCGAGGGCGGUAGCCACAGAGUCCAAAUCAACCUUCUUCUCCGUUUCCGCAUCGACACUUACAUCAAAAUGGCACGGAGAGAGCGAGAAGCUCGUCCGUGCACUUUUCGGCCUGUCCAAGGCGCUGGCCCCUUCAAUUAUCUUCGUUGACGAAAUCGACUCCUUGCUUUCCGCCCGAUCAUCGGGGACUGAAAAUGAGGCCUCACGACGGUCAAAGACAGAAUUCCUCAUACAGUGGUCGGACCUCCAGCGUGCCGCCGCAGGACGUGAGCGAAAUGAUGGAGUUAAGGAUAAGAAGAAAGGUGGAGACGCGAGCCGCGUGCUUGUUCUCGCUGCCACCAACAUGCCUUGGGACAUCGACGAAGCUGCCAGGCGGAGAUUCGUCCGGAGACAGUACAUUCCUCUUCCAGAGCAUCAUGUUCGAGAACAGCAGUUGCGGAAAUUGCUGAGCUAUCAGAAGCACGAGUUGAGUGAUGAGGAUAUUAGCCGGCUGGUUCUGGCCACUGAGGGUAUGCAUUCUUCAGAUUAUCAUGACUACCUACUUAGUUGAUUACUUUAGACUCAUAUUAUAAUUAAUCGACAGGUUUCUCCGGCUCUGACAUUACCGCCCUGGCAAAAGAUGCCGCGAUGGGCCCCCUGCGCAAUCUAGGCGAGGCCCUCCUCCACACCCCCAAAGAACAGAUCCGGCCCAUUCGCUCCCAGGACUUCGAGGCAAGUCUGUCUUCAAUUCGCCCCAGUGUAAGCCGGGACGGGCUAAGGGUGUAUGAAGAAUGGGCGGAGAAAUUCGGGGAACGUGGUGGUUGAUUGGACGGCUUGUUUCCCUUCUUUCUUCAAACAGGAUUCCAUACGGGUUAUACGCGAAUUUGGUACUCAAAUGAAUUAAAAAGGAAAGAGAAAGAAAUGGGGUGGAAACCAAUUAUUGAGUGUCUGUGUUAUUUUUUUAUCUUUUUUAGGGUUUUCCGGGAUGAUGGGUGUAAGCGGGUCGGAAUGGUACUUUUUUUGAUUCUUUUUUGCUUUUUCUUUUUUUCAUGGCUCUCCUACGUGUGUAUAUAGAUUACAUUACAUUCAUUCGGGAAAUGGGAGUUCAAUGACUUGUUUGAUGUUGAUGCUGAUGUCGGUGGGUUGGAUGCAUACUUUUGAACCGUACUUAUUUUAUAUUAUAAUAUAGCAGAUGAAUGGAAUGGAUGGACAGCAA